AUGACAAGUCUCAAGAGGACGCUAGGAUCUGAUCCUCUGGCAUCCAACAUCUCGAGCAAGGUCUAUGUGCGGUCGACCAAGAGCGGCAAGGUUCAGAAGAUCGUGAGGGAGGUGUAUCUGCGGUCAGAUAUCCCAUGCUCGUCGAAUUUGUGCUCGAGUUGCCUCAGGAACGCGCCUCGAGAUGCUGCUGGAAGAGUCGCCCCCUUCGUGCUCGCCAAGGAGCCAGCAGGCACAAAGGCGUACCCAAAGGGACACUACCUGGUCCCCGAUACCAACGCCUUCCUGACUGCCAUGGACCUUUUCGAGCAGUCGUCGGCCUUUUACGACGUCAUCGUGCUGCAGGUCGUGCUGGAGGAGCUGCGCGGCCGCUCCCUGCCGCUCUACAACCGGCUCAUCGGGCUCACCAAGAGUGACGAGAAGCGCUUCUACGUCUUCUUCAAUGAGUUCCGCCUCGAGACGUACGUCACGCGGAAUCAGGGCGAGACCGUCAACGACCGCAACGACCGCGCCGUGCGCAGCGCUGUGAAGUGGUAUGCCGAGCACCUCCAGCAGACCGCCCCCAAGGCCAAGAGGUUGCCAGCAAUCGUGAUGCUGAGCAAUGACCGGGACAACCUCCGAAAGGCCAAGGCCGAGGGUAUUGCUGCUGCGUCGCUUGCAGAGUACGUGGGUGGUCUGGAGAACGCGGAUGAGCUGAUGGAUAUGAUUCCCGAGGCGCAGGCCGCCGAGGUCACCAGGCUCAGGAAGCCCGGCGAGCAUCUCUACCCAGAGUACUUGUCCAUGUCCAAGAUGAUGACGGGCGUCAAGAGUGGCCUUCUGCAUCAGGGCGUCUUCAACGUCUCCCCGUAUAACUACCUUGAGGGGUCCAUACGAGUGCCGGCCUUUCCUAAGGCGCUCCUCAUCCUCGGCAGGGAGAACAUCAACAGGGCUGUGGACGGCGAUGUCGUGGUCAUCGAGGUCCUGCCCAAGGAUCAGUGGAAGGAGCCGUCGACUCAAAUCGUCGAGGAGGAGACCAUCACCAAGAACGAGAACGCAGAUGCCGAAGAGGGUGACGACGACCUCAUCAUCUCGGAGAAGGAGAGGAAGGCCCUCCAGGACGAGGUGAAGAGGACACAGGGCAAGACGGGCGAAGGCCACCUACAGCCCACAGCAAAGGUCGUCGGCGUCAUCAAGCGCAACUGGCGCCAAUAUGUCGGCCACAUUGACCAGUCGUCGGUCAGCUCAUCCUCUGCCCAGGGGAGGAGACAGGAUACCGUCUUCCUCAUCCCUAUGGACAAGAAGAUCCCAAAGAUCCGACUCCGCACACGCCAGGUCAGCGAGCUUCUGGGGAAGAGGAUCCUGGUCACCAUGGACGCCUGGGACCGGGACUCCCGUCAUCCCGUGGGUCACCUGGUGCGGUCCCUGGGUGAGAUGGAGACCAAGGCUGCCGAGACGGAGGCCCUGCUGCUCGAGUAUGACGUGCAAUACCGACCAUUUCCCAAGACUGUGCUGGACUGUCUGCCUAAGGAGGGACACGACUGGAAAGUGCCAGCCAGCAUGGACGAUCCGGGGUGGAGGGACAGGGAGGACCUGCGCGAACUCCUGAUCUGCAGCAUUGAUCCCAUCGGCUGUCAGGACAUCGACGAUGCCCUGCACGCGAGGGCACUACCCAACGGCAAUUUCGAGGUGGGCGUGCAUAUCGCUGAUGUGUCCCACUUUGUCAAGCCCAACAACGCAAUGGACACGGAGGCGAGUAUCCGCGGCACAACCGUUUACCUGGUGGACAAGCGUAUCGACAUGCUUCCGAUGCUUCUCGGCACGGACCUCUGCUCUUUGAAGCCGUACGUUGAGCGAUACGCAUUCUCGGCCAUCUGGGAGAUGAACCUUGAGGCGGACAUCGUCAAUGUGCGGUUUACGAAGUCCGUCAUCAAGUCGCGGGAGGCGUUUAGCUACGAGGAGGCCCAGCUCAGGGUCGAAGACGAGUCACAGCAAGACGACCUCACGAGGGGGAUACGGACGCUGCUCAUGCUAUCCAAGAAGCUCAAACAGAAGCGCAUGGACGCUGGCGCUUUGAGCCUGUCCUCGCCUGAGGUCAAAGUACAGAUGGAAUCCGAGACAUCGGACCCAAUCGACAUCAAGACCAAGCAGCACCUCGAGACCAUGUCCCUGGUCGAGGAGUUCAUGCUGCUCGCCAACGUGUCUGUCGCCCGAAGAAUCUACGAGGCCUUCCCGCAGACCGCCAUCCUCCGGCGCCACGGCGCGCCGCCCAAGACCAACUUCGACGAGCUCGCCAACCAGCUCAAGGUCAAGAAGGGCCUCGAGCUGCGCGUCGACUCGUCCCGCGCCCUUGCCGACAGCCUGGACGGCUGCGUUGACCAGAACGAGCCCUUCUUCAACACCCUCGUGCGUAUCAUGGCCACGCGCUGCAUGAUGUCGGCCGAGUACUUUUGCUCCGGCACGCAGUCGGAACCCGAGUUCCGCCACUACGGUCUCGCCUCCGAGAUCUACACACACUUCACCUCCCCCAUCCGUCGGUACGCCGACCUCGUCGCCCACAGGCAGCUGGCGGCCGCCAUCGAGUACGAGCCCGUCGCCCCGUCGGUCCGCAGCCGCGGCCGUCUCGAGGCCGUGUGCAAGAACAUCAACGUGCGGCACCGCAACGCGCAGCUCGCCGGCCGUGCUAGCAUCGCUUACUACGUCGGCCAGGCUGUCCGCGGCAAAGUCACCGAGGAGGACGGCUUCGUCAUGAAGAUCUUUAGCAACGGCUUCGUGGUGCUCGUCCCGCGUUUCGGCAUCGAGAGCGUCAUCCGCCUGCGCGACCUGGCUGAGCCCGAACCUUCGGCUACCUAUGAUGCCGAGACGUACAGACUUACCACUACGGGGUCGCGGGAGGUGGCUCUGGAGCUGUUCCAGAAGGUGAGGGUUCGGAUUAGUGAUCAGAAGGACGAGACGACGGGGAAGAGAGGGGUGAAGAUGGAGUUGGUGUAA